AUGCUCACGGGGCGACAUCUUUUGUCGCGAGUGCGCGCUCGCCAAUAUCCUCUCACAGAAGAAGGAGCUAAAGAGGGCGAACAGGGCGCGCCGAGAUGCGGAAUUAGAAGCGACCCGAAGCGAUGCGCUACAGGACGAGGAGGACCAAGCGCAGGUGGUGAAAGACUUCGAGUUGGUCCAGACCGGGCUGCAGGCCGGUUCAGGCUCGGCCGGUAAAAAGAAGAAUUAUUUUGUUGAGGAUGCUCCUGCGAGUUCAAACAAUGGAGGGCAAGAGCUCGUACUUGCCGGCAGCCAUGGGACAAAGCGGAAGCUGGCUUUAGAUGAAGACGAGCUCAAUCGUGCAGCAAAAGAAGACAGGGCAAAAGCAAGGAGAGCAACUGAACAAGAGAAGGUAAGCGGACACUCCCACACGAGAGAGAUAGGAUAUGACCAUUAUAUUCUCAAUUCGACUGGGGGAAGCUGUCCAUGGAAUUGACUGAGUUUGGGAGCUAACAGGAUGUGCUGUUGCAGGCCUCGAGUGACUCUCUCCCGUCCUUCUGGACACCAUCACUCACCCCGGACAUUCGAGACAGCAAACUCGGACCGGCAGCGAAAAAGGCGAAAGAUACACCGCUUUGUCCAGCCUCCAACGACGGCAAUUCCCAUCCCUUUUCUAUGAACAAGCUCAUCACCGUUCGAUUCCACGAACAAUUCGAUACAGCCUCCCAGCAGGACAAAAGGUCGUGCCCCUCGUGCUUAAAGUUGUUAACUAAUGCCUCAGCCCCUAUUCUUGCAAAGCGCUGCGGCCAUGUAUUAUGCUCCAAGUGCGUCAAGCAGUUUAUUUUGCCCUCUGCCAAAGAUGCGAGCCAGGACACGGAUUCAAUCAUCACAUGCUAUGUCUGCGACGAGACCGUCGCACUGGCGUCCGACGCACCUGGGUCAUCCCAAGGCCUCCCUGUAGGACUGGUUGCUCUCAAGUCUGAGGGAACAGGAUUCUCAGCCCGGGGAGCCAGCACAGUCGAGAAAACCGGAGUUGGUUUCCAGUGUUAG